GCCGGACGCAAGCUCAACGGCUUCUCGAACUGCGGCCAUUACAGAAAUAGAGCACAUACGAACCGACCAAGAUGACGACUCCAGACCCCUUCGACUCCGCACUUGACCUCCUCCGCCGCCUCAACCCCAAGCACACGGCCGAGCAUCUCAACAACAUAAUCACCCUCGCGCCCGACCUGACCGAGGACCUGCUCUCGUCCGUCGACCAGCCUCUCACGGUCUGCCGAUGCAAGCAGACGGGGCGCGACUACCUGCUGUGCGAUUACAACCGCGACGGCGACAGCUACCGCUCCCCCUGGAGCAACCAGUUCGACCCGCCGCUGGACGAGGCCGGCCCGGGCGGCGUGGGGCCGGGCGGCAGCAACGAGGGCGCCGGCGAGGGCGCCGUCCCCGGCGAGCGCGUUCGCAAGAUGGAGAUCAAGGCCAACGAGGCCUUUGACGUCUACCGGGAGCUGUACUACGAGGGCGGCGUGAGCUCGGUCUACCUGUGGAACUUGGACGACGGCUUUGCGGGGGUUGUGUUGCUCAAGAAGGCCUCGACCCCAAGCGACGGUGCCUCGUCAGGCGUCUGGGACUCGAUCCAUGUCUUCGAGGCCAGCGAGCGCGGACGCACGGCCAACUACCGCCUGACAUCGACCGUGAUCCUAUCGCUCGCCACCAAGGGCGCCACCCUGGGCGAGGUCGACCUGAGCGGCAACAUGACGCGCCAGGUCGAGCAGGACCUGCCGGUCGAGAACGACGAGAGCCACAUCGCCAACAUCGGCCGCCUCGUCGAGGACAUGGAGCUCAAGAUGCGCAACCUGCUCCAGGAGGUCUACUUCGGCAAGGCCAAGGACGUCGUGGGCGACCUGCGCAGCAUCGGGAGCCUGAGCGAAAACCAGCGGGAUCGCGAGACCCAGCGGGAGCUGAUUGGGAGUAUGCGGAGAUGAGCGCGGGGGGGGGAAACCUGAAUAUUAUGCACGAUAUCCAUGAAUGCUACCGAGUUUUGCCGCGCGC